AUGGCUAUACAUGUGUUACAUAUGUUAGAUGGAGAAACCAGUGAAGAAUGGGAACAAGAAGUCGAUGAAGGGCAGGUGGUGGGUACCUUUGACGUUGCACAGAAGUUACCCUCUGGUGGACACUCCCUAGGUGGUAUUGUUGAGGGUGUGACAGUGGGUGACGGCGGCGGUGGCAGUGGCGGCGGUUUAGGGUGGCGGGUGGUGGCAGCAGCAACAAUGGGAGGCGGUAAUGGUGGGUGGGGGUGGUUAGUGGUGGUGGUAGAUGGUGGCAUGGCGAUGGUUGGCGGUGGUCAGCGGUGGCGGUGGGUAGAGGCGACGAGUGGUGGCAAACUAACAGUGGUCGGUGGCGGCGACGGUUGGUGGCGGCUGCGGUGGCCAUGGUGGAGGCAGAGGUGGUGGUCGGCGGCAGCGGCGGAAGGUGAUGACGGUAGUGGCGGGUGGUGA